UAAAGAAAACCCUGAUGGUACGUUCUCAAUCGUGGAUCCUGCGACCUCAAUACCAUACCCCGGCACGGUCGGCAUGGAGAAAGAGAAGCCAUAUCGAUGCGAGGUAUGCGGCAAGCGAUAUAAAAACUUGAACGGUCUCAAGUAUCAUCGACAACACAGCCCACCUUGCAAUCCAGAUCUCAAGCUCAACAACCCGAAUGUUCCCGGUCUGCCGACCAAUCUGCAAAACCUGAAUGCCAACGUCGCCGGCGCUGGACUUGUCGGCGAGGGCAUGGGCUACUGAGUCAGCUCAAUUUCCGCGGUUUGCGGUUCGCUUGGGUGCAGCCCUGCUUACCUGCUCGAGCGCUGUCACAUUCCCGUUCACCGCCCGGGCACUCAGCGUCUGUGCAGCGAUCGGACGCACACACUUCACCUACAGCUGCACAUUGUUUUCUUCCGCAUCGCGCAGCAUCUACCGUUCGAGACUGGUCGAAUCACUCGACCCUUUUUUCGCACAUUGUUAUAGCGAUAUCGUUUAGCGAGGCGUUUGGGAGUUUGGAAUGAUCUCCGAAGGGAGGACCUGGCAUCGCCAAUGCUUGCUACGAUACCCCUCUAGAUCGAAAUGCCGCGAUCUUUGUUUAUUGGCAACGGCUUGGGCACAAAAGACCGCUUGGACCUUUAUUUUUGAUACGACCUCGGGCUACCCUUGGGCACAGCGUCCCAGCUAUUUUCUGCUUUGCUCGAUGAAUCGCCUGACGAAUGCACGAUGCAAGCAGCGACGGCAAGGAUUGCAAGCUUUUACAGAAAACAUGAAUGGUUUUAUUAAUGUUGAGAGGAUGGCGUUGAGAGCGGCGUUUGAACAGCGAAGAAUAGACCACAAGUAGACAUCGCCACUUGGUGCGUGAGCACGAUAGAGAGACUUCUC